AUGGCGAAUUAUGGCAUUUCCGCGCGCCUGCUGCGCCUGGCCCGUCCGAAGCGCUUCUUCUACACGAUGACGCUCUCGACGGGUGCCAGCCUGAUUACCCUCUCGAUGCUUGUUAAUAAACUUGCAGGCCUCUACGGCAUUCUCGCACUGUUCACAGGCUACCACCUCUCGCCAUUCCAGCUGUCCAUGUACAUCUACUCUACAGUCGCACUGGUGCUGACAGCCUACCUGGCCCGACAUAUUCGCAAACAGUCGCCCCUGCAAUGCCUUGCCCUAGCCUGGUUCUACAUCCUUGACAGUAUAAUUAAUGCCGCAUACACUGCCGUCUUCGCUGCGACAUGGUUCUUGGUGCUGGCACAGCAUGACGCGGGGAAGAGCGAUAAGAAAGGACCGGGCGCAUCCACCAUGGACGAGGUGUCAGGAUUCACAGAUCCCAAACUCAACGUUUCGAGAGUUGAAGUCAUUGCUACACCUCAACCUCCGUUGGCAGGUUCCGGCCAGGACGCCGUGGCAGGUGGCGUACCCGCCUCUAAUGCGGCAAGCAGUGGCAGCAACGGCGCCUUACAAUCCGCCGUGCUCGAUACCCAGAACAUGAACUCCGUGGGCGUCAUCAUCGCCAUGUGGACUAUCCGCGCGUAUUUCUGCUUGAUCAUGCUCGCAUUUGCCCGCAUGGUGAUCCGACAACACAUCGCCUCUACCGGGUCCAAGACGGGCAUCGACUACACCGCUGCAUCAACAGACGCACAGCUGGCCGAGAACCCAUUCUCCGAGAGCAGGCCAGAGGGCAAGGGCUGGCGAGGCAAACUUGGUCGAUUCAUGGUUGGCAUCGGCCGUAGUUACUGGCUGGGCAGUGACGAGGAUGAUAGCUGGAUGUACGGCAUGGGUGGAAAGUUCCGCAAGAGCGGUGCUGCGGGAGAGGAUAAUGGGUUCAUGCUCAGUAAAAUCGAAAGUGGACCUACGGAGAGGGAAAGGCGACGACGAUCGGGAACGGGACCGCCAGCGCCGGCCUCGGGUGUUGUCCCUGGUGUUGCUACAGUGGAGGGAGACAAGAUGACGUUACAGAUUCCUCCGCAGAACAUGUGA